AUGAAAGAUUUUAAAACUGAUUAUAAAUUACCAACUAAUUUACCUUAUUCAACAUCAUCUUCAUCUUCAUCCUCAACCUCAUCCUCGUCAACGACAUCAUCAUCGUCAUCAUCAUCGAUAUCAUCAUCUUCAUCACCAUCAUCAGUAAUGUAUAUAAACAAUAAAUUAUCAGAUAAUACAUUAAAACAUUCAUUUUAUAUCACUGAUCAUAAUCAAAAUAAUAAUAAUAAUAAUAAUAAUACUAAUUGUAAUACCAUUGAACGUAAAUUAAAAACAAGAUUAGAAUCAUUUCCAAAAAUGUAUAGUAUCCAAGAGAACAUUGAUUAUGAAUUCGGUAUAAAAUUACCAAAAAUGAUUACAAAUUAUCAUAAUAAACAAACAAAAUAUUAUUUAAAUUUAAAUUAUAAUAAAUUUUAUAAAAAACGUAAAACAUUUAAUUUAAUGAAUUAUACAACAUAUAAACCAAUAUUGAAUUAUUCUUAUAAUAAUGAAGAGAAUGAAAUAAAUAAAGGAAAUAAUAAAUUAUCAUUACAACGUUCACUUGUAACUAGUUGUACGAAUACUACUAUUACUACUACCACUACUACUACUGCUAAUACUACUUAUAACAAUAAUAGUAAUCAUAAUAAUAAUAAUACAAAUAGUACAUUUUAUAAACGUUCUGAUUAUGGACGAUUUAAACGUAGUAAAGAUUGUGGACCAUCUUUAUCUGAUGUUCCAAUGAAUGUUGAUUUUAAUACAUUAAAUCCAUCAUGUACAUCAAAUCGUUAUCAUAUAUUUAAUUUUGAACAAGUGAAAUAUUUAGAUGAAAUAAUGAAUUCAUUUAUAAGUAUUUCACCAAAGCCUUUGUAUCAAAAUUUUUUAGGUACAAAUAAUAUUAUAUCAACAUCAUCAUCAUCAUCAUCAUCAUCAUCAUCAUCAUUAACAACUACAUCAUUACCAACAAUCAUUAGUAAACCAUGUUCAUGUUUCUGUACAAUUGAUCCAAUUAUUUAUGAUUUUAUGAAACAAACAUAUACAAAACAUUCAGAUCAUUUAUCAUCUGAUUGUUUGAUUAAUUCGACUAAUUUUAACAAUACGGAAAAUCGUUAUAAUAUUGAUAAAGUAAUCUCUUCAUCCGUUCCAACUACGGUACCAGUAUCAAAAGGAAAUAAUUUAGUAACAUCCAUUCCUGACGUCUCUUCCAAUAGUGAAAUCAAUAACACAAGCAAUGAUAAUAACAUAAAUAAUGCUUAUCAACAUCUAACAAAUGAUUCUUGCUUACCUAAUCAUCACAAUACAAUUUCACAUUCUCCUAUUCCGUUUACAUUACAACAACCACUGAAACUACCAACUAUUCGUACACAAUUAAAGAAACUUAUUAGAACAAUACGCGAUGGAUUACUGAAAGAAUCAAUACCAGUUAAAGAGAUACGCUUAAAUGGUGAAGUUGCAAGUUCUAUUAUUAUUGGUUCAGAAAAUAAACAAACAUUUCAUGAUAUAGAAUUAUUAUUUUAUGUUGAUUUAUCUAAUUCUACAACAUGUACAAAAAUUAAAUCAGUAAUAUAUUCAUGUAUUGAAAAUAUUUUAAAAGAUACAAUUAUUUUAGAAAAUUUAUCAAAUAUUACAAAUCAUUGUAUAUUUUGUUAUCAUUCUACAUUACCAUUGAAUAUAUCAACAAUACAAACAACACAGAAUCCAUCAUCAUCAUCUUUAUCAUAUAAGUGUAAAUAUUGUUCAUAUUAUAAAUUGAAUCCAUUCAAUAUACCGGUUCAUUUAAAUAAAGAAAAUGUAGAAAAUUUAAAUCAACAAAAAAUCAAUAAAAAUCAAUUAACUAAUUUCUAUUUUCCUAUCAAUCAAUCAUUUAUUCAUCGUCAACCCUUACAUGAAAAUCAAUUCAAUACUAUAUCAUAUAAUAAUAAUAAUAUUAUAAAAGAGAAUCCAUCUAAAUAUUCUAUGUUAAACAAUAAACAAACAAUAAAUAAUAAUAAUAAUAAUGAUUAUUAUAAAUUAAAUCAUUCAUUAUGUCAUUAUCAUUCAUUAUUAUCAUCUAUAGAAUGUCCAAAAUGUUCAACAUGUUCAAGAUUAUUGAAUCCAUUCAAUCAACAUAGCAAUAUAAAUUAUAAUAAUAAUAAUAAAAGUAAUAAUAAUAAUAUUAUGAUUAUUAAACAAUAUAUACAAAAAAUAAUACGCAUCUACAAACCAACAAAUACUACUUAUGAGUCAUGGUUACUAUUUAUUAUUGGUUAUCAUACAAUUAAUAAAUCGAAUGAAAAAAUUAUAAAAAUUAAAUUUAUUGAUCGUAUAUCACGUGAAUAUGAAUUUACAAUUGAUAGUUUUCAUAUAAUAAUUAAUAAUUUAAUAAAAUUUUAUGAUUUAAAAAAAAAAAAAAAAUAA